AUGGCGGUAGAUAAAAAGAUUGUUCUCAUUACCGGCGCGGCCGCUGGUAUCGGCCUCGAGGCCGUCAAGGCCAUUGUUGGCUCACAGCAGGCUAGCUACGAGAUCAUCCUGUCCGCCCGCAAGCUUGCGCAGGCACAAGCCGCCGCCGAGGAAAUCGCGCGCGCCUUGCCCUCAGCUACUUCCACCACCACGCCUUUAGAGAUUGACGUUUCGUCCGACAAGUCCAUUGAGGACGCUGCGGAGCUCAUCAAGAGCAGAUACGGCCGCAUUGACGUUCUCGUCAACAACGCUGGUCUGCUUCCCGACUUUUCCGUUGUUGGUGGCGAGCUUUCCCUUCGCGAGGCCUGGGCCAAGGCCUGGGACAUCAACGUCACCAGUGCCCACGUCAUGACGCACACCUUUGCGCCGCUCCUCCUGCAAUCCAGCGACCCUCGACUCCUAUUCAUCACUAGCAGCACAUCCACCCUCCUCGGUACCGAGAAUGGCGAGCUGCCCACCAACAAGCCCUCCAACAAGGGCUGGCCCAAGACGCAGAUGCGCACCAUGGUGCCGUCGUACCGCUCUUCCAAGGCCGGUCUAAAUAUGACGAUGAGAGAAUGGCAUCGCAUGCUCAAAGACGACGGCGUCAAGACUUGGGCCGUUUCGCCUGGAUUCCUGGCAACUCGUCUUGGCGGUGACCAAGAAGCCAAUAAGAAGAUGGGCGCGGGCGAUCCCGCGCUCGGAGGCGGCUUUAUCAAGGACAUUAUCGAGGGCAAGAGAGAUUCCGACAUUGGAAAGGUCAUCACCCGCGAUGGCAUUCAGCCAUGGUGA